AAUCCAGUUCCUCGGUAAUGGCUGUCUGUUCAUGUGGGCAUAGUUACGAUUGUGGACAGACAGACGCCAAUAUUUUAUGAAAAGCAUGGGCCAAACACUUCAAACUUUUACCUGAGCUAUUCAGCUUUGUUGACAGAUUAACAUGGAUUUUGUCGCAGUGGACUCACAGGCAUGAAUGAACUGACAAACACCAGUGAAAGAUUUUGCGUGUUUCCAACCGGCUGGUCAAAAAAUCUGUAUCAAGUAACCAUUAUUGUUAGCCUCAGUAGGUGUGUUGAGGGAAUUGAAGUGAGCUGUUGAUGGAUUUAUGUACUCUACUUGAGUAUUAAUAUUCAAAAUGGCUGUGUUGUGUCUGCAUGUCAGGGCAGACGGGCAGAGUCUGGGAUGAGGCAAUAUCUGUUUGGAUGUCUGCUUUAGGCAGAUAAUGGUUUGAUACAGGAUGCACCCGCUGUUAACCCUGUGUACUGUGGUACUGGGACUGCUGGCCUUCAACACACGAGGGGUUAAUACUGCCAACUCCACCACCUGGACCUUCAAUGGAUUAGCACACAUCACCUUCAAGCCAGACUACCAAGAUGACCAGAGCAUUCAUCUCAAGUUAAGAUUUCGGACAAGACAACCGAAUGGAUUAUUGUUUUACCAUUACUUGAAGAGUUACGAUGCCAAGAAAUUCCCGCUGUUGAAGAGCUACGAGUUGUUCGCUGAAAUACGUCAAGGCUAUGUGCGAGUUGGGAGUAACUUUAAUCAGUAUUCAGAUGUUGUUCCAAUUGGAUCAGCUCUCAACAAUGACAAAUGGCACCAGCUUGAAAUAUAUUUGGAUACACGGACAGGGGAGAUAACUGUGACUUUGGAUGACAAGAAACAAGCCAAAAUCCUUGAAGCAUUCCAGAGAGGCGGGGCCAAAGACUUGCUGAAGUGGUCGGAGUUACAUUCAGAGAUUACAUAUGGAGGAACUGAGGAACAAUCUGACAGUGAGUUCUUCUACUUUGUUGGCUGUUUAUCGGAGAUACAGUACACGCGUGAGGAUGGGAUUCUUAUGGCCAUCCCCGUGGAUGAGUCUAACGGGGCCACCGAGGGAUGCAGUGACCUGUGCAAGGGAGAUAACCAGUGUCUGAAUGGUGGAACCUGUGUCAACUUGUACACCAGCACGCGAUGUGACUGUUUUGGGACAGAGUAUGAAGGGGAACACUGUGAUAAGAAAGGUCCGACCGUGAUGACCUUCCGAGGGUAUGAGUGGGUUACCUACCAGCUGUAUGAGAAGAAGGAAGAUAGAUUGGUGGCCGACAAAAUUCGAAUCUCGUUUGAGUUCAAGACUGAGCGUGGGUCAGGAGUUCUGCUGUACGCAGUAGGGGGCACCCCGUUCCACUCCCACCUCACAGCGGCCAUCAAUGUGGGGGUCCUCCAGGUCUCCAUCGCCAUCGCUGACACUGACAUUGAGUUUGCCAUGGGAUUGGGGCUCGACAAUGGCAGAAGGAACUAUUUCCGCUCAAGGUGGCACAAUGUGACAAUCAGCCACUCCAAGAGAGACGUGGACGUGUUUCUGGAUGGGGAAAGACAUCACAAACUCAUCAACGGAAGCCAGUAUUUCAUGACACUUGAUCCCAAGGUCUACUUUGGGGGUGGACACAACUUUGUGGAAACUAGGGGUCUCCAGGUGACACAGACGUUUGUAGGAUGCUUGAGGAACGUCUACUUCAACGACUUCUCCGUCCUCCACGGCCUCCGCACCAACAACUCUCAGUGUGCCUAUCAUGGAGGCUUAACCCCUGAGUUCAAAUGUGAUCCCACCCAAGAGAUCCCUUUCACCUUUCCAAGGUCGUCGUCGAUGUUGCGACACAACACUCCUAUGCUGCAGAAUCUGACGGUGUCAUUACAGUUCAAGACAGUCAGGAAGAAUGCCCUGUUGUUCUACGUGGAGCUGAUCUCUAAGAGGGAUGGUGGCGCUUAUGACUUUGGUUUCAUUGAGGUGUGGGUGAAGAAUGGCCUGCCCCUCCUGUACUUCUCCCCCUCCAAGGACCCCACCCUCACCCAGAACCUCACCCUCCCAGCCCAGGUCAACAAUAAACAGUGGCACUCCCUCAAGCUCACCCUCAAAAACAACAAAGCCAAGAUCAAUGUGGACGAGACGACAAGAACCACAUCCCACUUUACUCAGACUUUACGACAGCGAGGCAAGAUUGUGCUGGGGUAUGGGCUCCGACGAUAUAAAAAUUCUGAAGGGUUUGUGGGCUGUAUGAAAGCCAUCAAGAUCCAGGACAAGAAGAUAGACCCCAUCAACACCAUCGACACCAGCGCCGCAGUCGGCAUCAAGCUGGAUGGCUGCCACCUCGUCAACUACUGCGCUGCUGACAACAUCUGCGAACACAACAGCGAGUGUCUGUCUGACUGGGAUGGCGUACAGUGCGACUGUCCCCAACACUAUGAGGGGAAGGCCUGCCACUUCUCCAAAUAUCCAAGAACAUGUGACGCUUACUUUCAAUCUGGCCGCAACACAUCUGGUGUGUACCUCAUUGACCUUGAUGGCAGCGGUAACCUUGACCCUGUGUACGUCCAGUGUCACAUGAACAAGAUGCACAACGAUCACAUGUACGGGGAAACAGUGAUUGACCACAACUUCCGCCUCAAUACCACUGUCAGGGGGAGCAUGAUGAAUGACGUCCGCUACCAUCUCGAUUACAGAGGCAUGAGCCGAGAGCAGCUGCGGACACUGACACUGUUCUCCUACGAGUGCCGUCAACACGUAGCAUACCGAUGCCGACAGGCGCCCCUGCAGCUGGGGAUGAAGACAUGGUUCAAGGCAGCGAACGGAGAGAUCGUGGACUACCUCAGCAACCACAAGUCUGGCUACUGUGACUGUGAUGGAAGGGACUCAUGCGACGGACAGAAGUGCUUCUGUGAUCAUGCUUCUGACACGUGGAGAGAAGAUGUCGGUUUCAACGGAGUAAAGAGUCAGCUUCCAUUGGUGGACAUCACAAUCCUCCAGAGUGAGAUGGAGCACAUUCAAGGGGAGGCAACUCUAUCUCUUGGUCCUCUACGCUGCUGGGGAAAUGUGAACCAGCCACUGGACCAAGCCAUCACCAUCACCCAAGAGAACAGCUACAUCCGGCAGCGGCCGUGGGUGCGAGGAGAUCUCUACCUCAGCUUCAAGACACACCAGACCACCGCACUGCUCAUCUACCAGAACAAAACUGACACCAAUGCCAACAGUUUCUUGAUCAAGAUUGUAGAUACUCACCAGGUGGCUUUCAACUUCUACAUCAAUGGUCAACACAUCUCCCACACCCUCUACACAGCAAGUGCCCUGGACGGCGAUGACUGGCACACAGUCGGCAUCGAGCGCGACCCCUACAACAUGCGACUGACGUUGGAUGGGAAGAGACAGCUUGUGGAGCUGCCAGACGCUCUUCAGCAACAGGAGACGCUGUUUAAUGGGAUGCUUAUGGUUGGCGGAAUACCAGAAAGGCUUGCUGAGAAGACAGGGGAGAGAACUCCUGGUUUUACUGGCUGUAUUCGAGGUUUUCUGUAUAAUGGAAAGUUCCAAAACUUAGAGAAAGCUAUUGAUGCAAGUAUGGGUGGCGUAUAUAAAGGGUGUGUGUCGUCGUGCUGGCCAAACCCAUGUGAUAACGGAGGGACGUGUGUCGAGGCCUGGGACUCCUACCAGUGCAAGUGCAAAGAAAAGUGGUCCCAUCACGGCCUCAAGUGUGAAGUCGACAUCAACCGUGACUCGGUGACCUUCAGCGGACAUGCAGCAGACGACUCCUUCCUCUUCUACAACAUGACCUCCCACCCGGAGAUCCUGAUGGACACCAUCAUCCUGAGUUUCCGGACAUUCCAAACCGACGCCCUGCUCCUGUACGCCCACGACCACCUCAAUAACUUCGUGCAGCUCAAGUUGACGGACGGGAACACCAUCACCAUCACCUUCAACUCCUACAAGAACAUCAUCAGUGACUCCAUCACACUGAAAAAUGAGAUGUUGAAUGACGGCCAGUGGCAACAAGUGAUUGCAGAACAUUUCUACAACUUCACCCGGCUACAUGUACACAGCGAGACCAAGGUCAUCCGGGUGGAACGCUACAGACUUGACAAAUAUGCACGUCUGCCAUUUGACAGAACAGAGAAAGAGGAUGUUUUAAUGAGCCGCCCAAUGGUCGAACCUGCCCCCUUUGUCAACCUGUACGUGGGCGGUGUCAUGGACGGCGUGACCUUCAUCCCGUCCAUCGAGGGAUGCAUCCGGGGACUCAAGAUUGCUGACACCAUCAUCAACUUGGGAGCGAAGGCUCGCGAGAGGGGAAAUUCUUCUGCUCUGUAUCCUGAGUGUGAAGCUGGUUGUUAUGAGAAGACCUGUUUCGAGGGCUAUUGUGACGAGCACUGGAAGGACGCGGAGUUUAACUGUGACUGCAGUGAGACUCAGUACACAGGAACACACUGCGAGCUGGAGCCCUGUGCAGGAGUUGCAGGAAACACCGUCGUGCAGUACGGAUUCACAUUAGAGGAAGCCAAUCAGCAUACUCGCCAAGAGCAAGUGUCCUUGACCUUCAAGACAAUGGCAAGAAGGAAUAGUGAUGCUCAUCAGCAGGCGUUGGGCAUGAUCUUUGUGCAGAGCUCCGAGACGAAGGAUUACGUUUUGGUGUGGUAUGAACCAGGCUCCUCACAAAGAGGAUCCAUCGUCAUAGAAACCAACCAGGCAGUUGGAGUGUAUCGGAUGAAGGUUUCCGGAAACUUUGCUAAUGGCGAACCCCACAGGAUGACCUACAAACGAAGUGGUCCCGAAACGGUUUUGACCGUGACACCUCUAGACAAAUAUGGAAUUGAAAUAAUUGAUGGCGAGAGAAAUGCUAAGUUUGAUUUCCCAGACUUCAAUUUGGAUAAAAUCGACACAAUUUACAUAGGAGGAGUAGUCGACGCUGGAGACCUGUCACCUGUCAGUAACAGACUUGUCAAUUUCACCGGCACCAUCUCAAAUGUGGUGUUCAAGCCAAGGUUUGAUGGAGCUGAGAAGGUGGUUCCCCUGAAGGCAAUGCUGAACCCCCAGGACGGGGGCGUGACGGUGCUGGGGGACCCAGUACAGCAGUGCUCCAUGUCCCGCCUCUCCCAGGUCUACGUCACCCCCACCCCAGCCAUCACUCAGGCGACCGUUGAGCCAUAUGAGACCCUCACUAUGCCUCCAUGGGAUGUGGGGAGAGCAAGCAUGGACAUUAUCGGCAGGCGCCCUGGCGUCACUACAAAGCCAGUGACAACUACAACAACAUCUCCACCCCUCACCAACCUCACUGCGCCAGUCAUACAGGGGGGCAUGGCAGACGAUCUCACAGUUGCUGUUGCAGUGUCCAUCAUCGCGGCCCUCCUCAUCGUGGCAGUCAUCAUCGCCUUCCUGCUGUGCCGCCAAAGGAAGCGACAGGAGUACGACAUCAAGAAGGAGCAUGAUUUUGAGAUGAAACAACCCUUGAAUCACAACCACUUCACUCAGAGUCCCGUCCCUGCAGACCAUCUGGCCAAACUGGACGAGUUCAGUAUGGUGUCGGCCACGCUCGGGCCAAGACCUGCUAAACGUGUACCACCUCCAGAAGUUCCCAACCGGUUCAGCCAGGGCAGUUUUCCUCUUAUGGACGAGGAAUUUCCCAACGUCAUCUACAACCGCAAGAAGAAACGUCCGGCAUCAUCCAUCUCCGAGGUCCUGGAGGAGAUGGAGAGGAGACAAAAGGCUAAAGACCAGGGAUUGGAUCCAGACGCAGAAUCCCCGGUCAAAUUGGAAAACCGUAACCAUGGCGAAGGGGAACUAGACUGGGACCCCACCGCUGAUACGACCCCACUGACCUGUGGAGAUAUUACGUUUUUCAACUCCCCCCUUUUGUUGAGCAUACCUGAUGAAAAUGAGGAGCUGCAGGAAAGUAGUACCUCCCCCAGUAGUUGCGCAGAGAAACAUGAUGAAGAUGAUGAGGAUGACGAAAAGUCACCUGACGAUUCAACACAUCAGAACAGUACAGAAUACAAUGGAGACAGUGGUUAUGAAGCUGAAUCUCGACCUGAAAAUACAGAAGAGGAUGCCACACCAGACUCGACUGUCGACAUCCAUACCCCGCCCAAGAUGUAUAUGUACGACUUGACAAAUCUGGACUUGCAGGACUCUCCUAGUCUCAAUGAUCCUAGUCGACGACUUCUCACGGCAGAGAUUGAGACAUGAUGUCUCUUUGGGUCUUUUGCUCUCACAGAUCAAACUACAGUGUCUUGUGUGAUUGUCUUAUGUAGAAAUUAGCAUGAGAUCAAGACGAUGUCUUGUCAGGUCUUUGGAGAUGGAAAUAAAGUGUCACAUGUCAUCUUGGGUUGAAGACGUUAUUGGGAGAUGUCUUUACAGGUCUCUAGUUCUCAGAGAUAAGGUUCAAUGUCUCAAGUUAUCUUAUUUGUUACAAUAACAUUGGGCGAGAUUGAAACAUCACUGUAAGUUCUCCGAUAUCAUGAGUGUGUCAAAGGAUCUUGCAAUCGUCUCAGUUUUGAUUUCAACAUUACAAUGAGAUUUAGAUCCAAAUGGAAAGAAAUUUUGGAGAUGCUGAGACAUUGAUGUGGGAAAUUGAUAUAUCUCAUGAAUCUAUUGAACGAGACAGGAAGAUGAUGUGAUAUGAGAGACUGUUUGAGGAGCUGAGACACCUUGUGAACUCUCAAAUCAUUCCAUUCUCAGCGGGUUCAAUUUUUACGCAAGCAGCUGUCUUAUCUCAGACAGUUGAGACGAUGUCUUAGAUGAGAUGUGUGAGAAACAAAAUAAUAACAUGAAUGAGACGAUCAUUUGUAGUUUCAGUAUACAUACUUUCUGAUGUGCUGGAAGUCAGGGAACUGAACGUCAUGGAGUGUGACUGACAAUCAUCUUGGUUGCAGGGCAAGGAGAGACCUUGUUACAGUUUUAUCCACAUAACUGGACUUCACAGCCAGAUAAUUUAUAUGUGUUCACAUCAAACAGCUCUUGGAGGAGGUCUGUUAUAGUGUGGUGCCAAAGAAGGUUUGAAACAUUCUGUGUUCAACCCUUUAUUUCAGCCCAUCUGAAAACUGGAUGUGAAGACAUAAGGGGUUAAUGUGAUCUUUUGAUACAUCAAGAGUUAGUGUACUGUAUGUAGUACAUCAAAUGUUAAUGUUUUGUAUUAGUACAUAAUGUAGAAUGUUUGAGGACUGAGACAGUGGUAGAGUUAGAUAUACUACAAGGGGAGGUAACUGUUUUAUAUACUACAAGGGGAAGUGACUGAUCUGAACAAAGCAUGCCAGUUAUAUGAUGAAGCACUGACAUCAAGGGACAGGAAGUGACAGCAGUUCAAAGGACACCGGGUUGAAGAAUUACAAUAUUUAUUAAACGCUUGACAAGGGAUGAAUCACGACUGUCUGAAAUUGAAUAUCGUGUGUUGCAAUAUGCUUACAGAAUAUGAAAUUUUGGUUUUAGAAUAUAAUAACUUGUUCGUCACUGAGGGAGAACACCUUUGAAAGUUGUCAUAUGGUAUUUGGCAUAAGAUGAUAAGUGUCAGAUAGGAAUAUGAUUUUGAUAGAGGAUAGUCAUUUAUAAACUAGGACAAUAUUGACAAGAUCGUGAACUAGAUGUGUAUUAUGAAUGUGUAUAAACAAUAUUUAUAACUUUGCCUAUGGAAGAUGAACAGUGACAAGACUGGGAUGUGGAGCCAUUGUGUGCCCAGAAAAGAGUGUCCAGUGUAGACGACACGAGCACGUAGCUCCGAGGUGGCUGUCCAAGCAAUACUAGAUAUGCCAUGUCCACCAUCUUUGUUUCUGUGUGUACGUCAAUGAGAUUGACUGUUUUGUUUCAGCUUACUUGCCAGUUACUCAGUCUAUUGUUACCUCAAUCUUUUAAAGAUUUUUUGUGGAUCAAUUUUCUUCAGAAAAUGGAAGUGAUUUUUUUUCAUGUCAUCAAACAUAUGUACAUGUAUAUAUGUAACUUGUAUGUGAUGUGUUUUCAGUAUGUUUUAUGAUAUCCAGUUUUGUGUCAUUUUUCUGAUUACAAUGAUCAUCUUUUCAUACAAAUCCAUACAAAAUUAUAUUAGUUCUUCACUUUAAUAUGGUUGUAUUUGUUCAGGCUUGCCCUAAGUAGUGCAUGUUUUUCUGUCAUAUGUUAUCAGACGCAUGUUGUCUCGAUAUAGGACUUCAGGGUUACUGAGAAGUAAUAAAGAUGUCUAUUUGAAAGGAAGAAUCCAAGGAGCAUGAAUUAAAACUCAGAUGGGAUUUCAUUUCAUAUUUGAACCUGCAUCAUUUCCUUCUUGUUUGGUAGGUGUUCUCUUUAAGGAUUUGUGUGAGCAGAGGGGAGAUAACUCUCAACACCAAGACAGUGGUUGAGCUGCAUUCUGAAUGUGGAGUCAGUGCUUCUUUUCGAUAGAAAGUUGUGUUGUCUCAUCAAUUUUGUUUUUAAAAAAUGUCAAACAUGAAUUUCACUUUUUAGGUUAUUUUUUAUUUUAAAUUGACAAAGGAUUUCUUUUCUUUCUUUCUUUUCAAGUCUGUCAGCUAAACUUUUUCAUCAGUUUUCACUGAUAUACCAAUUUCAAUGUUUGAUGCUAUUUUCUGUUAUGAACAUUUAACACUUUAAGUUCUUUAGAAUGUUUGACAACCAUAUAGUAAUACACAGUGUUUGUUAGUCAAAAUCCUCAGAUUAGUAGGCUAGGUGAAUAAGAAAUAAUUAAUUUUGAUGACACCAAAGCAACAUUUCUUUAGAAUAGUGUCUUCAAGAUAUGCGUUCCCUAUAUUGCCCAAUUGAAGACCACUGUCCUUGUAAGCUCUGUGGGAAGUAAACAAGUGUAACAUUCAGAUAGGAAACUGCUUGCCCUUGCAGAGUUUGUCCAGGCCGAGUUACCACUAGUGCAAUCCAAUUCUGAAUGGUUGUGGCUUUUCUCAUUUUGACUUACUGUUCUUCAAUGUUGUGAUAAGCUACUGAACAUUCCAUUGUUAAUCUCCGAUCGAUGUCAUCAGUGAUCACUCUGUACACAAAUCUACACCCGUUAAGCCUUGUCACCAUUAGGACUAAACACCUACAUAAGCCUUAUCACAAUUAUACUACUCAAGAGAAGUUAAGGAUCACCUGAUUCUUUCAUAUUACUAUAGUUAAGCUGUCCUGGCGUGACAUGUUAACUCAAGUGAUAUCGAAGACUUGGGUGGUCCUUUACUUAUUUUGAGUAGUAUAAUAUAUUGAGCAUUCUCACUGGGAUUGCUGGUCAAGAAAGGUUUUGCUUUUCUUGGCUGCCAUGUCAGUGGGGCUAUCGCAUGUUAUCUUAUCCUGCCUUGCAACAUUUGACUAUAGGGUAAAAUGUGCUCAUGGUGUUGUCAUGCUGGGGUUUAAGGGUAUGGGCUCUGUUAGUUUUGUGGUCAUAAAUUAAUGUUCAGUUUGUUCCAUUUUGGACAGAAAAAAAUAAGUUGCUGUGAAAAAUCAUUCUGUCCAUCUUCUUAGGUAAAGUUGUUGAUAUAAUAACCGGUUCCCAAAUUGUCCAUUUUGGGUUCUUUCACCCAGAUUGGUCAGCUGUGGGUUCUCUCUUAAAAAUAUAAAAGGCACAAAUCCCAAACCUGGACCAUAUCCCAUCACACCAUGAUGAGCCUCAUCCAGUCAGUCGCUAGGUCCCUGAGCAAUAUCUUUCCUCACACAUGAAUCUGACACACCAUGAUAUAACUGGAAUACUGUUAAAAGCAAUGUUAAAAACCAACUCCAUCACCCUGAAGCUAUUAUUUUCUCUUCCACCCUGUCCUUACUGUAAUGAUUUAGCCUUAAACGAAGCAAGUCUAGAUUUUCCACAGGUUCAGAAUUUCAAAUCUCACUGGGGCUCCUUUUCAAUUUAAAUGGAGUUUGUUUCUAUAAAAAUUAGAUAUUUUCAGGGACUAAGCGUUAGUCUACAUGAUGAGCCUGAGCCAGCACUUCCUGUAUGUAUCACUGUUACCCCCGGCAACCCCCAGUCCUAGAACAUGAUGGUGGGAUGCCUGCUCCCAGUUUCCUUACAGUCUCCCUGGUGGUUGUAGAGUCAACUAGCCUGUGUAACUAGCCUUGAACCAGAGGGCCGCCACUUGUAGCUGUGUACGAGCUGCUGUCAGUAGAGAGCCCUGUCACAGCCAAACGCAAUGGGUCCUUUCUGGACUUGAAAAUGUUAGAUGUUCCUAGUAUGGACAUCAAGUCUUUGCUAGGCAUUUAGAAGCUGGAAGAACAUGAAGACAUGGAACUAUUAUUGAUAACAACAUGUAAUCUAUAAAAGUUUCAUGUCUACAAUGAAAAUGUUAUUGUCAUAUUGCUGUGCAUGUUUUGUAUGGGUUUAUGAACAUAUUUGUAUAAAAUGUACGGAUCUCCAAGGAUAUUAUCUAUUUCUUUGAGUUCCUCAUGCAGAGGGGAUGGGGUAUUGGCCUAGUGGGUAAAGAAUUCGCUUUCCAUGCCAAAGGCCAUUGAUACAUCAAAACCCAUUUCUGGUGUCUCCUAUAACAAGUCCCUCUGUCAGAGUCUGUAAAAAUCCUGGAACUUGUGAUCUUUUGCUGUAGCUCUGUGGCAGGUAAAGUGAUAUACAGGUUUUGGGGGAAAGAUCCUAAAUCAAUCUCAUGUUCUUCUGAUGUGUUCCUUUGCUGUGACUGGGCUUUAAAAAAGUGCCUUUAUCCUGCAGCUUGUGGUUUGUCUUGUCCAAUGAGAAAAGUCGUACUAUAUGCAUGUGGUGGCCAUGGACACUUUCUCUCAAUCACCAUUGGCUUAAAAUGGCAUUUGCAUUUCCAUGAGUAGUCCUCUACCAGAAAUGCUAGGAAUAUAAAGAUUCUGUAUGCAAUAUCUAUUAUAAUGUUUAGUCUUACCUUGGACAACAUUGUCCAAUGUAUUAAGCAUUUCAUGAAGGUUUUAUCAGGAUAUUCAUCUCCGUGACUUAUUAUCCCACGUUGUUGUCGACAGUAUACAAUGAAUGAAUUGAUGGAAGGUUUGGUACUGGUGGUACAGUAUAUGUAUUAAUUCACCAUUUGUUUAAUUGCUUCUCAAUGCUGUAUUUAUUCACACAUCAUUUAUGAAAUGUUUGAUUGCCAAUUAUUGUUUAAGAUGAUAUUCUACAGGAUGUUCGUAGAAACACUGUUUGUUAUAAGAUUAGGCGAGGUGAUCCAAAUGAGAAAGAAGUGUUGACUUGUUUUCAUGACUUGUUUUGAAUUUGAAAGUUAUGAAUCCAGAGACCAUAUUAUAUAAAGAGCGAUCUUGAAAACAUAAAAGAUGUUGGUCCAAGUCAGUGUAUAUGUGAGUUUGCAUUCAGUAUUUUUUACGCAGUUUUUGUAAGAAAUACUAUUUGAACUACGACUAUUUGACUACUAGAUGAUUUAUGAAAGUCCAGCAUGAACAGUGCAGAACCGGAGUGUACUGUAUGCACUACUCAAAAGAAGUUAAGGACCACUGGAGUCUCGACAGAUUAACUAUUGUAAUAUGAAAGGAAUGGGUGGUCCUUUAUUUCUUUUGAGUCGUAUAGUUAAAUAUUACUGUGGCUUGUGUGCAAGUCAGCCAUUACAAUUGUAUCACUGAUAUCCUACUCUAGAAGCCACUGCCAAUGUUUUUUUCCUCUCUUGAUCUGCCAUAUGUACAAAUGUACAAAGAACAGGGGAGACGGACGGACGUUCCUGCCUGUAAUCAUACUCAAGUGUCCCUGUCUCUGCAAGAAGCUUACACAGAAGGAACUGCAUUUGAUCUACAGCCAAUCUGUGCUCGAAGUCCACAGGCUUGAAGGGAGCAGCAAUUUGAUAAUUCUUGGGAUAGACUGGGAUAUCUUUGAAGAAAAUCAUCUGCCUGUUAAUCCUGGGGGGGGGGGGAAUUAAUAAAUGGCCACACAUCAUAUAUUGCUGAUGACACUGAAGUUAACAUCCUGGUUGUAAACUUACACAAUAUCUUUCCUCUGUGUAGGCUUCUUGCUUUUUAAGCCUUGUAUGAUGUUGUUUGUGUGUGUCUGUCUGUCUGUGUAUCAACAGUGCCAUUCUCCCGGUCAUAAGCUGUUAAUAUGUACAUUGAACAUCGGUAUGGUGGUGUAAAAUUGAACAAACAAGGAGGUAGAAACUAUUAAAGAGUCCGUUUAUAAUGAUUUGGGAACUUCAAAAAUGGAAAUAUAUCAGGGAUGACGAUUUUCUACAGCUGAGAUUGACUGCUAAUUUGUGUAUCUUCAAACAAUCUAUGAUGACACUUUUGGGUUUUUUCAGUUGAUUCUGUGAACAUUGUCAUUUCUGGAAUAUUGUGUUAAUUUUUGGACAAUCAUCAAGGUCACAUAAUUAAAUCAAUGAAUUACGAAAUUACCAUCGUCUUAUCCACCUUCAUUCAUCUUAACUAUGCAUAUAAAUUAUUUCUAUAAAAUGUUAAUUGUCUGUUAUUCUGUAGCAUAUUAGAGGAAUUUUAUGUACUGAUAAAAAAUUGAAACAUGUUUUAAGUGCUUGUUUUUUAAUUUAAAUCAGGAAAAUGGAAUAAACUGUAUUGGAAAUAUUGUACAAAUUUGGAAAGAAGCAUGAUUGUAUAAAGGAGAGGUAGUGUGUAGUAAGUCUGAUUUAAGAGGCUGUGUGAGGGAGCAGACUCCAUACUUAAUCACUUCUACAUCUGUUAAAUGUCACAGACCUUCCCAGGUCUUCCAAAUUCAUUGGGAAUUACCUAGACUUUUAAAAGAAUUACAUCGGAGAAACAUUGUAAUUGGAUAUCUCAACUGCAUUUGAAAUAGAGAACAAAUUAUGUUGUAAACCAACUCCCAAUUAGUCAGGAUGACAAGAGCUACGGCUUCCAUACCCCAACAUAGACUUACGAUCGUCGUAGGGUUAAUAAUGCCGAGUGACUUACGAUCGUCGUAGGGUUAAUAAUGCCGAGUGACUUACAAUCGUCGUAGGGUUAAGAAUGCCGUGUGACUUACGAUCAUCGUAGGGUUAAGAAUGCUGUGUGACUUACGAUUGGCGUAGGGUUAAGAAUGCUGUGUGACUUACGAUCGGCGUAGGGUUAAGAAUGCUGUGUGGAACAAAACCCAAAACUCAGUUUAGAGGAAGUGCUUGGGCAGAGGAAUUAAUGAAAGUUCCACCAUGUGAUCUUUGCAUUAAGACUUCCAUACCCUGACCGACUGUAGGGUUACGAAUAUAUAUCGGAACAGCUUAUACACACUGAAUUUAGUGAUUCACAGACAAGACUGACAUGGAGCAUAUCCACACAAGAUUGUCAUCCCUAUAUUGUUUUCACAUCAUCCAAUCUGCUUCAUGAAUGUACUAUGAUUUCAUUAUGGUGUCCCGCCUGUUUAUAUAUUACCAUGUGUACAAACGUCAACAUCUCAUCCUGUACAGUCAGCUGUGUUACUGUUAAUAAGUUAGAAUUUUAUUUAUCAAGUUUGUAUGUAGCGAGAUUUAUUUGCAGAUGAUUGUUAUGAUUGUCAAAUGAACAUGUAUUUAGUAGUUAUAUACCACUCAAAAGAAGUUAAGAACCAUCCGAUUCUUUCAUGCCAUGUCAUCUAAUCCAUGCUAUGAAACAUUACUAUGAAAGAACUGUGUGGUCCUUUUAGUAAUAUGAAAGAAUCGGGGUGGUACUUAACCUUAUUUCAGUGGUAUAUUUGUUACAAACUCCUACCUUUCAUAUGUAUAAAUCCAUAAGUAUUUAGUUAAAACAAAACUCUUAUAUAAGUUCCUUCAUGUUCUGCAAUAAGGAAAAUUGGGUUUGGUAGACAAGAUUUGACAGAUUUGGGGGGGUCAAAUAACCAGAGGCUACUACCCCUGUGUACAGGAAAGAAAAGGAAGUUUGAGAUGUUUCCAAGGGUUGUUCCUACAGUCGCCCAUGGUCAGCUAUCCUCUGUCUGGCUGACCUGUAGAUCAGCUCAUUCCAUGGUUGAGUGACCGCAGUAAUGGGAAGCUGGAUGGUAGGGGGCAGGUUCUACAUGAUUCAGGGAUGCAACAUUUACUUUUAGCAUUCUUUUUGUUUUGUCUUGUUGUCAUUUCAAACAAUAUGUUGAAUUAAAGAUUACUUUACUUACGCA